CGCGACCGACCGAGCGUCCUGCGACUUCCGCUUCGACCGAUUCGAACCCAUUUUCACCGAGUUCUUCUUCUAUUUCAUCCAAUUUGUCCAUCGAAUCGUUCGAUUGUCGUAAACACGACACAUUUAACGAGACAUUCUCGUUCGAUUGUUUCGAAGAAUUUUGUUCAUCGAGAAGAAAAAUUAAGGAUCAAGAAGAAACGAGUGAGAUGAGAGACCAGAAUGCCAGGAACGAUGUGGAGGAAGAAUUCAGAGAUAAAAGGAGAGAAACGUACGAUAAGUAGACGCCGUUCGGCGACGAUCACCCUACGCGUCCCUUCUUUCUAUCCCCCGAACGCGAUCGAUUUUAUUCCUCGCCUUGGGAUGAACGAUUCUUCGUGCACGAGCGACUGAUGGCUAACCUUUGAGCGCGGCUAACAGCAAGCUUCUGAUUAUACAGACUCGGUUAAGGGCGAUGGAAAAUGGUUUUAGCCUCGUUUCGCUGAUCGAGGUGGCUGAUCGUGAUCGAUCCGUUGAUCCGUUGAUUAUUUGGUACGUGGACUGGCUGGGGGAGUAAUCGGGUGUACGUAUAGCCGGAAACUGCUAUAACUCGCGAAGUUAAAAGGCGGGAACGACGAUGCUGGAAAGCAGCCGCGAGCGUGGAAAACAUCGGUGAAUCGAGGAACGUGUGUCGCGGUUUACCGUAAUCCGGAGGAUGCCGUAGCUCUCUGCCGGGAGUUCGGUGAAGUAGCGAGCAGUUUUUGAAUUUUUGAUUCGCGUACUCGUUGGAGACGGAAGAUUCCCUCGGAGAAUGACAGUUUCUGUUUCCUUCGGAAACGUAUAUUUUCCGAGUCGUAUUCUUCUGGAAAUACGAACGAAAGAAAAAUUCUGUUUUUGAUCGUUGCGAUCUAGGAUCGAUUAUCGAAUCACGUUUCCCCGUCGAAGCAAACAAUUAAAUUCUUACAGCGCAAAGACCAGCAUCGGGAAAGUAAGGAAGAUCGAGGAGCACUCGUGAAAUGGGAAUAUUCCAACUUUGAUCGAAGAACACGUUCGAAAGUAUCCUGGCUCGAUUGUCUCAACGAUGAAUCGAGAAAACGAGGAACAGCGACCAGUCUCGCAAACGCUUUGCGGAGUUUUGCAAAAAGAACCAAGUUGCAAAUGUUUGGUUCUGUCCGUGUUAAUAUACGGAUGCCUUGCCGCAGUGACGUGGUGUAGAUGCGCGAAUGUCACCAAGGUGAUAAUCAAUUUCUCGAGGUACCCAAUUAAAAGCACGAGACACGUGUCUCCCUGUGACGAUAGCUACAUAUACAUUCUCGUGGCAUUCAUGGGGAUGCUGUAUUUGGUCUAUUUGGUGGAAUGUUAUCAUUCACCGAUCAGGAUCGAUUUGUUACACGCGGAGAGCCAGGAUAGCGUGUUAUUGAAGAUCUUGCAGCUAAAGUCGGCACAACCGACCAUCUGGUGGAAAGCUGUCUCGUACCAUUACGUGCGACGUAAACGUCAAAUUACCCGGUACAGAAACGGAGACAAUUACACGACGACGCAGGUCUACUACGAAAGGAUAAACACCCACGCCGCCACAUCUUUCUACUAUUACGACUACUGUGGCGUAAAGGACAUCAGCAAAGAGUUGAUCCUGAAUCCAAAAGUGCCGAUCACGAAGAUCAAUCUCAGCAAAGGAUUCGCCUUCUCGAACAUGAGAUCAGCGACAGAGUUUGAAGAGGCUAGGUCGAGAUUCUUCGCGGAACAAGAACUGAGAGACGACUAUAUGGAGAUGAAAGAAGGUCUAGAUCUCGGAUAUAAUUCAAACCCCACGAUGCUGGUGGCUGUUCUUGGCAACCCUUGGUUCACUAAUCGCUACGUCUAUUGGUGCUUGAGUGCUCUAUUGCUCAGCUGGCCUUUGAGAGUGAUCAUAGAGUACAAAUCGCAGUAUGCUGACUAUCAGAUCACCAAGCUCUUCGGAAUCAACUACGACACACCAAGCGGAAGCGAGCCAAUACACGCAUCCAUGAGCCAACAAACUAUCAACCAGCCCGGCUCGUACAUGCUGGCACCGAGUUACAGCGAAGCGCUUCUCAUGGACCCAGCACCGGACCAACGACCAGCCGAGUCCCAAGACGCAAGCAGAAUGGAAAUGGUGCCGAGUUAUUCGGAAGCGUUACUCUAUCAGCGAGCAGAACAAGGCUGCGUCGUAACACAGGAAGUGAACGAGGAUUCGAACCGUCGAGUAACGUCGCGCGAAUGUACCUGUCCCUGCCACGCCGUCUCCUCUACCUUCGAAAUGAACGCGCAGGAAGAAGGAUCCAGACAAGACGAAGAACACGGCCAAUCGGUGGAUCAGGCCAGACAGCCAUUGAUAGAAACCGCGAUCGAAGUACACCCUUCGAAUUGCACUUUGGUCAGCGAGACAGAGACCGGCAAGUGUGGAAGCUGCGGGAAAUUCUUGGUCGAGGCACAGCUGGAGAGCUUAGAGAUGUCGAGAAGCGAGUGUAACGUAGAAAACCCUGAGACAAGUUCGAUGACGGGGUUGCAGAAUGUUAGAAGAGGCCCGAGGAUCAGUAUGAUGCCUAGAGACAUGUCUGAACCGAAUCUUAGGUCCAGAUCGGAACUGAUGGAAGUUGACACGAGAUUCCUUAGAUUGAACGGACAAAGCUUGAGGAACAUUUUAGAGAGCGACCAGGAAGAAGAAUUUGGUAUCGAGGACAGAGUGGAAGAGAUUAGUGAAGAUAAGAUGAGCGAGCCAGAAAAAGGAAGAAACUUCAGGUUAUCCCUUUGUUUCCUCGAUGAAGCCAAUUCCAGGUCUACAGUGGCUGUAGACGCGAGUAGAGGCGCGAUACCGAAAAGGAUAGCCAGCAGAAGCAGAGUAAUCGCGAAUCCCAUGUCGAACGAGACUUGCGGACUGCCCGAUUCGACAACGUAUUUUUGUCUCAAGUCGAUUCUUAAACAGAAUAAACGGAGAUACACUCUGAUUACCGCAAGGGAGCUUCAGAAUCUCUCGGAUAGGGAGGAUGACGAUGUGAUCAGACGAUUGGAGAAUCGAUCGUCGUAUCACGAAGGCUGUAUUCCGAAUUCUGCUUCGAAGAACAGUGCUGAAGAAAAAUUCGAUCUGUUCUCGAGAUCGAGAGAAAGCUUGGAUGCAGCUUCUGGAAGGAGGAAGAAACAGUUAUUGGAGAAUAUGUCCACGGAUAAGAAUGAAGAUGGAUCGAAACGUGAAAGCAACAGAACUCUCAUCUUUGCGAGUCCGAUACAAGAAGUUUGUCCUGGCGAUCCUUUCGGAGGAAAAGACGUAGUUCGAACGCGACAAGAAGUAGAUUCCACCUCGCCAGACGAGUCACCAAACCACACAGUUCUCAGCCAACUCGGACGAUCUCUCACCUGUGACCGGAAAUCAGCUCGACGUCGAUUCCAAGAGUCUCGUAGACAACGUUACUCGGACAGCUCCCAUCCUUCUUCCUUUUCCUGUCCACCUGAUCGUCAACAUCCCUAUCCAUACGCUUUCUCGGCGUCCACAAACGCCGUGGACACCACAGAAUUCGACAAGAACGUUCAACAAACCUCAGCUCGCGUUUACCAACACGCAACGUCUUUUCCACCUUACGAAGGAUCGAUUUCCGGCCACAGCGACAAAUUUACCGAUCAGCAAGCUACGAUACACAGAAUUUCUCCGAUGAACCUUCCUAGGUCAUCGAACAAGGCAGAACUGACCCGUUCAUUGACCGAAAGACGAACGAAAACGGUUCGAAACAACGCGAAUUUUCGACGAAGCUUUACAGGAAGAGUAGAGGAUUACAGAACGGAGAACAACAAAUGGGCGAAUCUGAAUAUGGAGACGUCGUUAUAACGAAGGGACACGAGAUGAUAACUAUAAAUAUCCGUCCUGCCACUUUUCAACAUCCUGUACAUACAGCGUAAAUGCGAUUUAAUCGGCCCCGCCUUUUCAUCGAGCUGGAAGGUGCUCUCGAGUAGGAAGAAACUGAUCUUUUGGUCGAACUUUGUUUUGCAAUGAUACCGAGUUUUGUGAAUUUCCUUUGCAACAUAUAAUACUUUUUAAUUAGUCGAAUCCAAAAGUAUCUUACUCUUAAGGAGCGGAGAUGCUUAUUUUAAAUUCGUUGUAUAUAUUCCAAGGUUAUAUAACAAAAUUCAUGGAUAUUUUUUUCUUACAUUCGUUCACGAAAAUAUUUCAACACUUGGCAUAAAAAUUUUCAUGCCAAAAAGCUUUUCUUAUCGAAGGAACCGUAAAAUAUUGCAAUGAGACGCAAUUUGUAAAAAAAUAUUCGUUAUACGUUUUUAAAAAGAGUCACGAAUUCGGUGUGCCUCAAAAACAAAGUUCAGCCGACUGUUUUGUUUUGAAAUUCGAGCGUGAAACGCUGUCGAUCUUGUCAAUAGGGGUUGUGCCAUGGACUGGAAAGAAAAUUCUCUGUUUCUUAGAGGGAUGCACCUUGCUAAUGGUCGUGAGCGCGAUUUAUAAUUGAUCCAGCGUCAAUUAUGCGUGCAGUUUUUGCGCGAGCUUCAUGAAAUGAGAGAUCCUCGAAGAGCUCUGCAAGAUCUUUCAAUAUAAAAUUCAGGGGUAGGAAAUUUGAAAAUGAGAGCUAUUUGUAUACAGGCGUUUUUAUCCUGUUGUGUUAAGUAAGAUAGCAUGUUUAUGGUUAUGUCCAUGGGGUUUCAAUUAUAUUUAGAUCGUAUUGUUCCACAAUUCUCCUCGAUGAAGUGUUUCGAUUUUCGGCUAGUAGGAUGAGAUUGAACUAAUCCCUCGUUAUACUAAAUAUAUAGAGCAUUUUAUAUAAAGUAAAUUAAUAGAAAUUAAUAGAUCAAUUACAAAACAUUGCACUAGAUUGUUCGUAAAUUGUACGAUUCUUAAUGAACCACAU